AUGGAGCAUACAAAAGACGUCUACCACCGCUUCCUACCAGCAAGUGAUGAGAAGCCGCCGAUUCCUCCACUUUGCCGCUGCAAUUCGCUGAAUACGGCUGGGUUUCCAUGCAUUUAUCUUAUUGUACAGUACGAAGCGGAGAAGAAGAGCUUUGAGCCUGAAUUAUUCUAUCAACACUGGCAUUUGUACAGUGUCUCUACGCCUCCUAUUAAUCCGCUGCUUCUACUCCAGGAUCCCCUCCAAGUACGCCGGCGAGGACGCCCCCGUGGCGCCAGGAACUUCAUCGGCGGCGGAGAAAGCACCCAAGCAAGCACCCAAGCAAGCACCCAAGACACCUCCACCCAGCGAGACCCCUCCGGCUUCGAGCUCAUGCUAUCUCAGGAAGGAGGACGCGGCCGAGGACGUGGCAGAGGACGUGGCAGAGGACGUGGCAGAGGACGUGGAGGGACACAGCAGGCAUCGCAGGGAGAUAACGAGGUGGGAAUAGCUUCAUCUACGGCCCAGGAAGCUCAACAAGCUUCUCAGGAAGGUGGACGGGGCCGUGGACGCGGCCAAGGACGUGGCAGAGGACGUGGCAGAGGACGUGGAGGGACACAGCAGGCAUCGUAG